UCAGCCAUGUCUAACGCCCUCGAGUCUCUCGUAUACUCCCUCGUGCCCAACGCUCGUCAAGAUGAACGCCUCAAGCGACAGCUCAUAGCGCACUGCGAAGAGAUCUUGAGCAGUCACAUAGGCCAAGCGGCGGAAAAGGACAUAGGCCACCUUGCAGACCUCAUAAAACGCCAUCUGCUGCAGACAACCUCGAGCAGUUCGAGUACGCUCCGUUUCACGAAUCUGUUGUCAAGAUUGUUAGACCAACCCGUAUUGUCAAGAAAGCACGCCUCCCUCCAAUUCCUAUACACCCUCGCUGCCGCCCCCGCCCCUGCUCCCGUAACCUCAUUCCUCCCUGCUCUCGCUCCACCUCCGCCUACGCGACCAUCGUCGAAAGCGACUACUCCCAUCGAUGCAAACUCUACACAUAGGCAACAGAGGGGGAAAUCUAAGGCCGACCUCCUCCGAGAAUACCGCCUACGGCUAGGCCAGCCGCAUAUACCCGAGCAUCUCAUUCUUCGGGAUACACUUUACCUUCUACAAGGCAUCUCCGGGAAAUACGUCCAAUUCUCGGUAACGAAGGAUGCCGAGCAGAACAAGGAGCUCAUCUUCACCGAAGACCCUAGAUACCACGUGCCACCACCAACGCGAGCCCUCAUCCACCGGCUCGCUGAGGUGGGCCACCUGUAUCAACGCGUAGAUGCAUUCGUGCGCGAACGCGAAGGGAAAGUCGGGGUGGGCAUGAUCGAGCAGAGCCUGUGUCACCACCUCCAGUCCCAACUCACGGAGUACUACAGACUGAUCGCAGUCCUGGAGUCACAGAUGUCCGCCGUGUCGAAGCAGGACGAGAACGCGAACGAGGGAGAGCACACGCGGGAAGAGACUGGGUUAACACUCAAGCGCUUGGAUGUGUGGAUUGAGGACUGGCGACUACGAAUGCGGAUGAUGAGCGUAUGUGUGGAAGGUGCCAGAGACGCACAGGGAGGGGCCCUCGUCAAUCUUAUACACGGCUACGCAGAGAAUGGAGAUCCCUUCAUUCGCAAAUUCACCAACCAGCUACUGGAGGAGGUAUCUAAGCCCUUCUUUGCGACCCUCCACAAGUGGCUGUUCUCCGGAGAGCUCUACGACCCAUUUUCAGAGUUCUUCGUUGCGGUCGAUCCGGAGCUCGCCCAUUUGCAAUACAUGCAACCCUCCCUGCAGGGAGUUGGUCAGCUAGCCACUGACGGUGGGUUUGGCGGGGGCGAUAUGGAGGAUACUUCGGAGGAGCAUGCAGGCGGGCUACAACUCUGGGAACGGAAGUACCAGUUCCAGAAGGACAUGUUGCCCGCCUUUGUGGGAGAGACCUUUGGCCGGAAGAUCUUCUCUACAGGCAAGAGUUUGAACUUCAUCCGAUACAGCUGUCAUGACAGCGAUUGGGUCGCGACCCGGGAACGACUCAGCAACACCGGUGGCACGCUCAAAUACAGUGACAUCGUCGGCCUCGAGAGGAGUAUAGAUGUCGCGUACCAGAUUGCCAGUCAACGGCUAUUCGACGUGUUCUUUGACAAGUAUCGCCUGUUGGACCAUCUAUUGGCGCUCAAGCACUAUCUGCUUCUGGGAUACGGCGAUUUCGCAGACCAGCUGAUGGACACUCUUGGUCCAAGUCUGUCCCGCCCCGCAAACACUCUCUAUCGACACAACUUGACCGCCACACUCGAAUCCGCACUUCGCUCCUCGAAUGCGCAGAACGACCCCUCCGACGUGCUCCGGCGGCUCGACGCGCGCAUGCUCGAGUAUUCACACGGCGAGAUCGGUUGGGACGUCUUCACGCUCGAGUACAAGGUUGACGCGCCGAUCGACACCGUGCUCGACCCGACGGCGAUGAUGAAAUACCUCAAGCUCUUCAACCACCUCUGGCGUGUCAAGCGCAUCGGGGGCACGCUCAGCACGGGCUGGAUGCGCAUCGCGGGCGGCGCGAAGACCUUCUUGCGCGUCCCAGAACUCGAGUACGACUGGCACCAGAUCCGGCUCGUGAUGGCGGAGAUGAUCCACUUCAUGCGCCAAAUGGAGGCGUACUGCAACCUGGAGGUGAUCGAGUGCUCGUGGACGGAGCUGAUCGCGUUCGUCGAGAAGAAGGAGGGCGACCUGGACGCGCUCAUCGAGACGCACCGCGCGUACCUGGACCGCAUGGUCAAGAAGGUGCUCCUGCUCAGCCCGAAGGCGGGCCGGGAGGAGAACCUGCUGAACCAGGUUCGGGACGUGUUCACGAUGAUCUUGAACUUCCGCGAGGCAACGGAUGAUCUCUACAAUUAUUGUCUAUCUGAGUCAGCUCGACGUGAUGCAGAGAAAGACGCUACCAGGGGGGUGCACACGCGCAUCGAGACCGCAGAAGACCGCAGAUAUACCAUCGAGUCCCUCCCAGGCAUCCUCUCCCGUGUCCGUGAAUAUGGCGCAGCGUUCUCCGAGCGCGUCCAGGCGAUCGUGCAAGCGCUCGCCGCGCACCCCGACCUCGACUGCCGUUUCUUGGGUAUCCGGCUCUCUUUCAGCGACUUUUACAAGACGAGGAAGGAACAACAGCUACGUGCUUGA